CGCCAUCAUGGCGGGAGGCAGCGCCGGCGGUCGGGGCGCCGGGGCCGGCGGCCGGUGAGGCUGAGGGGGUCGGGGUGUUUUUGGGGUGCCGCCGGGCUCCCAGAGCUCACGUCCACCCCUGGUGCGGCUCUUCCUCUCGCCAGGCCCCGGCCCCAGCUCGAUGGGGUGUUCCUGCGGCGCUUCCUGAGGAUCCAGGCUGUCUUGUUUCCCCAGUGGCCCUCCCGGAACGCGCUGAUGUUCCUGACGCUGCUCUGUGUCGCCUUGCUGGAGCAGCUAGUUAUUUAUCAGGUCGGCGUGAUCCCCAGCCAGUACUACGAGGUCCUGGGGAACAAGGACUUCUCCGGAUUCAAAGCGCUGACUGCCAUUGCCCUGACCCUGAUCGUGGUGAACUCCACGCUAAAAAGCUUCGACCAGUUUAUCUGCAACCUGAUGUACGUGAGCUGGAGGAAAUCCCUCACCGAAUACCUCCACCGCUGCUACUUCCAGGGCCAGGUUUACUACAGCCUGCAUGUUCUGCACGAGGACAUCGAUAACCCGGACCAGCGCAUCAGCCAGGAUGUGGAGAGGUUUUGCAAGCAGCUCAGCUCCAUGGCCAGCAAGCUCGUCAUCUCUCCCUUCACGCUGGCCUACUACACGUACCAGUGCUUCCACAGCACAGGCUGGCUAGGCCCCGUGAGCAUCUUCGGGUAUUUCGUCAUCGGGACAAUCGUUAACAAGGUAUUGAUGAGCCCGAUUGUGUCUAAACUUGUGCAGCAGGAAAAGCUGGAGGGGGAUUUCAGGUUCAAGCACAUGCAGAUUCGGGUCAAUGCAGAACCAGCUGCUUUCUACAGGGCCGGGCGAGUGGAGCACAUGCGCACGAACCGCAGGCUGCAGAGUUUGCUGCAGACCCAGAGGGAGCUGAUUGGCAAGGAGCUGUGGCUCUACAUUGGGAUCAACACCUUUGACUACCUGGGCAGCAUCCUGAGCUACGUGGUCAUUGCCAUUCCUAUCUUUUCUGGCGUCUACGGUGACCUGAGUCCAACAGAGCUCAGCGCCCUGGUCAGCAAGAAUGCCUUCGUUUCCAUCUACCUCAUCAGCUGCUUCAGCCAGCUCAUAGAUCUCUCCAGCACCGUGACCGAUGUAGCUGGCUACACACACAGGAUUGGUGAACUGCAGGAAACCUUGCUGAGUCUUGGCAGAAGAAAAAAUGAAAACUACGCAGAAGCCAAAGCCAGCUGGGACCUGGACAGCUAUGCUGGGCAGGACGCAGUGCCGAAGGACACGGCUUUCCUUCUGGAGCGAGUGACGCUCUCAGUGCCAUCCUCUGGCAAGCUGCUCAUUAAAGACCUGAGCCUCAGGAUCUCAGAAGGAGACAGCGUGAUGAUCGUGGGGAACACCGGCACAGGGAAAACAUCUCUCCUGAGGGUCCUCGGGGGACUCUGGGAAAGCACACGGGGGAGUAUCCAGAUGCUGACCUGCUUUGGCCCCCAUGGAGUGCUGUUCCUGCCGCAGCGGCCGUUCUUCACCGAUGGCAGCCUGCGCGAGCAGGUGAUCUAUCCCCUGAAGGAGAUCUAUCCAGUUUCAGGGCCUGCGGAUGAUGAGAGAAUCGUGCGAUUCCUGGAGCUGGCCGGGCUGACUGAUUUGCUGGCAAGGGCUGGAGGACUGGACGAGCAGGUGGACUGGAACUGGUAUGACAUCCUGUCCCCAGGGGAGAUGCAGAGGCUCUCAUUUGCACGUCUCUUCUACCUCCAGCCAAGAUACGCAGUGCUAGAUGAAGCCACCAGCGCCCUGACGGAAGAGGUGGAGCAUGAGCUGUACCGUGUGUGCCUUCAGCUGGGCAUGACGCUGGUCAGCGUGGGACACAGGCCCAGCCUGGAGAAGUUCCACAGCUGGAUUUUGAAGCUUCAUGGAGAGGGAAGAUGGGAACUCAUGCGAUGUGAGAGGAUGAAGCGGCUCCCGUCUGAGGAAGGAUGCUGAUAAACAUGCCCGAGUCCGCACAGCUGCACAAGCUGCGUAUCCCUGGGAGAGCUCUGAAGAGCAGACUGGGAGUGCAGAGCCGGCAGCUGUCAGCAAGGGAUUCACUUGGUGCAAAACCAGUUACAGAUUUUGCCGAUGGAUGCAGGGCCAAGUCUGAACUUAUGCCAGGACCGGACAUGUCUCCCCUAUCCCUCUCAGUCCCACUCUUUGUCCUCCUUACCACUCACGGGGGAAGGGACUGAGCUGCUGGGCUGCUGAAAAAGACAACAUUACCUCAUGGGGUUCGUAGAAGCCAUGGGCAGAGGAACCUCCACCCAUCCAGGAUGCAGCAGUGCAAGGAUGGGCUGCAACCUGAUACUGUGCUGUCUGUGCCUCGCUGGGACCUCUGCCUCUGAUGUACAGCCCUGCAGAAUGGGCUCUGGUUCUACAGAACGGGCUUCUGAGCUGCUGGCUCCACAAGCAGUUAAGGGAUGCAUUGUAAUGGGAGGAGGAGGCUGGCACAGAAAAGGACAUGGCUCUCCUCUCCUUAAGACACAGGGUUAAGGUUCAAAUAAACGUGUUUUGUAUUAAAAUCUGGGGC